UACACACUUACAAUUUUCUAUAUACGUACACACAUACACAGCAUCUUAAUUCUCCGGUGAUCAGCCUGCAGUUUUCUCAUAAAGUACCAGGUGCAGUUAGUUAAGAAGAAUGACAGCGGGAACGACGAGGAUGCCAACAUGGAAGGAGAGGGAGAAUAAUAAGAGGAGAGAAAGGAGAAGGAGAGCCAUCGCUGCCAAAAUAUUCAUGGGUUUACGAAUCUUCGGAAAUUAUAAGCUCCCUAAGCAUUGUGAUAAUAAUGAGGUUCUCAAAGCGCUCGCUGAUGAGGCCGGUUGGACCGUCGAACCCGAUGGAACAACUUACCGCAAGGGAUGCAAGCCUUUGGAGCCAACAGAAAUAGGUGGAUCCGCAUCAGCAAGCCCGUGCUCAUCAUACCAGCCGAGCCCUUAUGCUUCCUAUCACCCAAGCCCACCGUCUUCUUCCAUUGCGAGCCCAUCCUCCUCUUAUGCACCCAAUGCACACCCUGAUUCACUCAUACCAUGGCUCAAGAAUCUUUCCUCUUCAUCCUCAUCAUCUUCACACUCUACCAAACUUCCACAUUUUUACAUCCAUGCUGGAUCCAUUAGUGCACCUGUUACUCCACCCAUGAGCUCUCCUACGGCUCGAUCCCCUACACGUAUCAAAACUAACGACAUAUGGGGUGCAACUAACUCUGAAUGGUUCUCUGGAAUUCGUCCUACGUCACCAACUUUUAAUCUUGUAGCUUCGAAUCCAUUUGGAUUUAAGGAAGCAGGUAUGUCUUUUGGUGCAUCAAGGAUGUGGACUCCUGGACAAAGUGGAAACUGCUCUCCUGUAAUUCCUUCAGGGUUUGAUAACAAUGCUGACAUCCCAAUGGCGGAAAUAGUUUCUGACGAAUUUGCGUUUGGUUGCAAUACUGGUGGGAGGGUGAAGCCAUGGGAAGGAGAAAAGAUCCAUGAGGUUUUUGGGUCUGAUGAUCUUGAGCUUACUCUUGGGAGUUCAAAAACUAGAUAAAAGGCAAUACGGAGACGAAGUCACCUAAUGACUGAUAGUCUUGGUAAAGUGUUCGAAUAGAUGGAUCAAUCAACUCAAUUACUUAAGUUUUGUUCCUCGAUUUACGUUUUCCAUGUAAAGUAUGUUCCCAAAUAAAUUUACGUAAUGUCGUAAUCCAUGCAUCUUAAGAUGUGUUUUCUAAAGAGUAUAUGUUAAGUUUAUUAAAUGAACUACUACAAAUGCAACAUGUAAUAUGACCCUCGAUGCAACUGACUUGAUAUGGUUGGAGGAAACUACUGCUGAUACUAAUAGGACAUGUAGGCAUUUAUUCGUCUCAUGAAUAUGUGAAGCAGAGAGAAUCUUGAACAAUUGUUGAUAUUUCAUGAACACCUGUUAAAGCAUGUUAUUUCGAGUUAAUGGAAAAAGUGGAGGCAGAAAAGAGUACAAGUCUUUCAACGGCAUUAUGAUCAGCUUUUUGGCCAUCACAAUUGCAUGAAGACUAGUACAGUUAUCCAUCACUCCUCAAAUUUAAGAAAACAAGCUGGAAGUGAAGAUGAGACGGUUUGCCGAUAAGCUGGAGAAGAAUGAUCACAUCACAUGAAGAUUGAGGACCAUCCAUGUGAAUAUGUGAUGCUAGCAACAAACUAAGGGAAACAUGCUAGCAUCUUGUUUAUGUUUAUGCCUAUUCUAGGAACUUAAUGUCAUAUAUGCUUUAUUAUUUCAA